AUGGCUAAAGCUAUUAUCACAUCUAUCCUAGAAGCUCAAUUAGGCAAAUACGUGGAAGGUUUACGCAGUGACUCGUUAGAAAUUGGCUUAUGGAGUGGAGAAUUAGAGUUACGUGACUUAAUAUUGAAGCCACAUGCACUCACAGAGCUUCAAUUACCUGUAACAAUCGCCAGUGGAUCAGUGGCACGUGUAGUUGUUCAUGUCCCAUGGAAUCAAUUAGGUAGUGCAAGUGUGACCAUCACUCUUGAAGGUGUUUCCGCACUCAUUGUACCAAAUACAGAACGUCCAACACGUGGCGAACUGUUACAAAUUAAGAAAAAUCAAUUGGAGAGACGAGAAUUGAUACGACAACAUCGUCGUUUUGCUGCACGAGUGGAAGAAAAAGAUGAAGAUGAGGAGAAGCUGAAGCAGCAGCAGAUGAUGAUGAUGAAGCGUGAAGAUGAAAGUACAUUUGUAUCACGACUGACUGCACGUAUUGUGGAUAAUUUACAGGUGACAUUAUUAGAUAUCCAUUUACGAUAUGAAGAUGUUGUAGCAAAUCCAGAGACACCAUUUGCAUGUGGUAUUAUGCUGGAGAAAUUUCGAUUUUUGACAACGGAUGGAACAGGACGAGAAGUUUUUGUUGAUGAAAAAUCAGUCUAUAAUGGUUUUACAUACAAAAAAGCAGAACUUGCACAAUUUGGAAUGUAUUGGGAUCGAUUGAAUGUAAAAGAUAAUCAUGCAAGACUUGCGACGUGUUCAAAUAUCCCGAAAGCGAUGCGAGAUAUGGUACAGGCAGUGAGCAAACAGGAAGAAUGGCGGGUUGAUACAAACAGGCGAUGGGUGCUACGUCCGUGCUUGAUUAUGGCACAGCUUACGAAGAAUGAGAGUGCUGACUACUCGACAGUGGCCAAGUAUACAGUCGAAGCCGAAGUAGGCGCACUCCAAGGAAGCUUGACGCGCGAACAGUAUGAAGACGUGCUGUUCUUACAGCGGGCAUUUUUAGGUCGACGCGCAGUAGAAGCUCAUUUUGCACUGGCGAGAGGUAGACCGUUGCAUCCACCUGAAGCGCGCCCUCGAGAGUGGUGGGAUUAUGCUACUCGUCUUGUACUUGAGCAACGCAGGACGAAGUUUCGAGCAAAUAGUAAAGACGAUUACAAUACGGAUAAUGUGCACCGGUAUCAUCGACGGCCUCAUCACCGCAAAAUGCGGUGGUCUUCUAUGCACAAAGCUUUGCUUGAGCAGCAUCUGUACGUGGAGGCUUUUCGCACGGAGUUACGCAAUAACACACCAUUGGAUCCCUUGUCUACAAAGGGCAAGUUUAAACAGCGCUAUGAAGAGAUAUACCCGAUAGAUGUUGUGCUGCUGUUACGCGAUGUCGCAGAAGAUGCGGAGGAACGUGAAGAGACAAUAGCUUCUGCAAAAGCACAUUCAAAGGCUGAGGAUGCACAAAACAGUGGUGGCUCGUGGUAUUCGUACUUUUUCGGUGGUGAUACUCUUGCUGCUGAAGAGGGUGAGGAAGAAAGUCAGGUGUUGUCAGCUGAAGGGCGCGAAAACUUACGUGAAGCUUACAAUGGUGCCGUGGAGAAGGCCAGUAGUGCACAUGAGGUGCCAAUAGGGUGCAACCUUUUUUCGGUCCAGAUCCAGCUAUUAAAUGGCUCAAUGUCGCUUUAUCAGUCGAACGUCCACAAGAGUCCAUUUGUCACUGGUAUACUCCAUGGCUCUCUAGCCAUGAAUAUCCAGCCAGAAAAUGAGUGGGACGCAAGAUUUCGUAUUCAGCACUUUGACAUUUUUAAUGGGUUAGCAAGCAGUUCUCGAUUCCGCUCAUUUUGCAGCCCAUCGUCUUUGAGAUCUCUCGACGACACCCAGAGCACGGCCUGUGUCAGUGUCGAUGUUAGUCGACGUGCAAUGGUACAAAAUCGAGUACAGACUGACGAUAGCAUCGGAGCCACGUUGAAAGUACGUGUAAGCUCAGAGCCUAUUCGUGUGAUGGUUGAUCCGUCAUUUGUAAUGUUCCUGCACGCAUUCUUCGUUAGCCUGCUACCAGAGAGUCAGCUUGAAAAAGUUUGGCAGUUUGCUACGUCUUCAGUGGCCGACUGGAUGUUUGCUGAAGAUUAUACAGAUGAUGAGAAGCAAUUGGGGUCAUCGCAGCUUAGCACACAGAAGCAAGUUGAAGAAGCUGAGCUAAUGCGCUCACUGGAAAGAGCCGAAGGCCGUGUUGAGUACGACGUGCUAGUGAAUAUGAAUGCGCCUGUGCUUAUACUGCCCGAAAACGUAGCCCAUACGACUGGUGCUGUUCUGGUUGUCGAUCUUGGUAUGCUGAGCAUUAGCAAUAAUGAAGAAAAUACGUCGGCUAUCAAUGCGUCUUUCGAUGUGGAUGUUGGUACUGUAGUAACCGAUUUGCGUCGCGUGCACUGGCGACUUGAGAUGACCAAGAUCCACGUAUUGCUCGGCUGCCAGGAGGAACUCACCGAAUGGACCGACGAGGAGUUGCGGACUUUUGCUAAAAUAGUGAAGGAGCUAUCGAUUGAAUUCUCCUUGUAUACGCAGUCAUCAUCUUCCCGUCUGAGACUUCCUUCGCGGACUAGAAAGAAUAUUGCUGCAGCCAAGCCACUACCGCAAGUAGGCAUCUACGCUGCCGUUCCUACAAUUCUUAUAUCGCUAGCUGAGAAUCAACUUGUGGCAUUAGGGCAGAUUUAUUCAUCUAUCGUGCGGGCGCGUACUGCUGCUGGGGGCAAUGAUGAGCGUUUGUCAUACUUUGAAGGGCAAGAUGUAGGCAGUGGUGAAGAAAGUGUGACCGAGUCCGACAGCAUAGGUGACAACAGCGCGGCUGUUUCAACGGAUGAAAAGUAUCUUCUAGAGAUGCAACUUCUGCUUACAUGCGUCGAGCUCAAUUUGCGCGAGUCAGCUGCUAAGGAUGCAUUUGUCUUGCGUGCUUCACAUACUUCAUUUGCCGUUGAAACAUACUCGGCUCAUCAGUUAUUCCAUUCACGACUCAAAGCACUCGUGAUGGAAGACAAGCUUUACUCGCCUGGUUCACGGUACUAUAAAUUGAUUUCUACAGGCGAAAACGAAAGUGAGAGUAAUCACUUGAUUGCCGUUGACGUUGCUGCAUAUUUCUCGGAGUAUACGGAACAAAAAGAGCAGAAUAUGGGAGAAAAACCUUUGCAGCUGGAUGCUUAUGUGCAGUUCAAUGUGCUGCAUGUACAGUGGAAUCCGUCGUCCGUGGCUUUGUGUUAUCGCAUUCUUUCCGCUUAUGCGUCUGCAAUUCGUGUACAUGAUGAUGGCGAUCAUUCUGAAGAUGCUACGAUACCACUAGUGAGACCGGCGCCAUCGCCUCACGAGCAAUACCUCUUAGAGACUGCUGGUGAAUUACAACGAGACGAAAAGAAGGAGAGAAUUGCUUCAUUGUCUAGCUUGCGGUCUCGAGGACAGGCUGUUGUCGUGGUGCGGGCAUCACUAGUUCAGUUCAGUCUGACAUUUAACAAAGAUCAGCUUGACCGGCAGCUAGCUCGUCUUGAAAUGAGCAAUGCGGCUGUUUGUUAUACAAGCUAUACCGCUGAGGGUCGAACCUCCUGUGAUGACGACACGUUUGAGGUAACAGGUUACGUGGGAAACUUUUUGGGGACCGACUUGAGUACAUCAAAGCACCCCUUGUAUUCGACCUUACUUGGUUUAGACGAAGAUGAAGCUCGCCGUCGUUGCGACCUAGGCAAAGACUUUGAAGCACUAUUGACUUUUGAGUUUGCAAGCGAUCCGGUGGCAAGCGACAAGAGCUCUUUGCGCUUGGCUUUUCAACCCAUCCGCGGUGUAUACUACCAUCAGCAGGUCUUAGAGUUCGUAGACUUCGUUUUUGAGGGUGUUCUUGGUGCUAUUGUAAGCCAGACGCUGGUGAAUGCAACGCAAUUAUUAUUCAGCGAGGAUGAGGCUGAAGUUGUGCUGGAUUUGAGCAUCGAGAAGCCUAUCAUUAUACUUCCGUUGAGCUUACAAGAUGCCCCCCAUGUCAAGGUUACUGCAGAUAUGCUGCGGCUAGUUCAUUUUCCAUCCAGUACAGUGCACUACGAAGGCUUCCCUAGAGCAAGAACCAAGCGUGUCAUGCAUGAUGGAGCGCUGCCACGUCCAAUGACUCGUACGUCUGUCGACAAGGGAACUGGCAUUUCGUUGCGCGUUGACUGUAAAGAUGUCUUCCUCGACCAGGUUCGUGUUUUCUGCACGACAACGCAUGCUAAAAACAGGACGAAAGGUGCCGACGGAGGACCUGUAUAUGAAGACUUACUUGCCAAGCCUGCUGACCUGAAAUUUAGCAUCGAGGACCUUGUCUCAUCAACCAUUUCUUUAGGUGAUGAAGAAGCAGUAGAUGGUGGCAGCGAAUUACGAACCGUUUUUCUCCCGCGAAUUACGGUGCAUUCGGUUUUACCACCGUUAGAAGUGCACUUGUCGCGUACCAGCUACUUAGGUACAGUCGCUUUGAUUUUAGAGAAUUUUGGCGCUGAUGAAUUUGAGAUGGUUCCUACCGCAGCAGACGAUAUUGACCGAGUACCCGGCUCUGUUCGGUAUAUUGGCAGAAGACGCAGUAGUGCUGGUAUUGGGGGAGUGCCAUCAUUGCGCCCUACUGUGACGUAUUCGUACCUUCAGCCGGAUGCAAAUGAAGCAACACUCUAUGUGCAAUUUGCAAUGGAGAAUAUUCGAAUUUUGUUGCUUCGAGACGAGAAAGUAGAAUCACUUGCAAACAAGGACAUGUCGCUUGAUUCGAUUGUGCAACAGACCUUUACGGAUAGCGCGAAAACCUUGUGCAACAAAGCUUUUGCCGAGAUUGUCGCUUCUGACUUUUCGCUGGUGUUUAGCAGCGAAUUGGACGAAAAACCACGAUUUGCUUUGUGUCUCGGAGCUUUCAAGGUUCGGGAUCUUAUGGGAAAUUAUAACCCGUCAGUGAGCGGCGCUGAAAGCGGGACGCUCUUGAUCUCACCUCAUUCGCUAGAGGUACGAUACACAUGGGACGAUAUUGCACUGACGGGUGAAAUGGACUUGUCAUUCUCCGAUGUCACGGGUACUAUUAUCCCGGAAGCGUUGUUUGAACUGUUUGGCUUCUUUGCGCUACCAUCGAAGCCAAGUCGAGCUGACACUGCGACAGGCAAGGGUUAUACCGUUGCUACAAGUGAAUAUGCGCUGCCACCAAUCCCACCUUCGCCAUCUUUGGUGACGCGACGCGAAAGUAUCUCGGAUAUUCUGCGUGACGGAAGAGAACCAGAAUUGACGCUUACAGUUCGUGCGAAAGCUAGUCGAGUGGGCGUUGCUUUACCGCGUAAUGCUUACGAUCCGGAGAGUCCCCGAGUGGCCUUUGUAGGUGAUUUUACGCUCCAAUUUACGUGGAGGCCACACCCGGACGUAGAGAUACAGAAAAAUGACAAUGACUUGAACAUUCAGAGCAGCAUCCUUGCUGAUGCACGAAAUAUGGAAGUAGUGCUCGAAAAUGCUAGGAGGCCAGGUUGUUGUGUGGCAUCAUCAUCUUCGACUUCGCAGUGGGAUGCCAUCGAUGUUGCACCAUUGAUACAAUUGCUGGAACCAUGUGACUUGUACUUUGAAGUUAGCGAUUUGUUUCCUAAUGCUGGCCAGCGACAGCAGAUUGUAGCGCUGAAAUUCACUCCUGUUGAAGUGUUCAUAUCUUACGAUGACGCUUGUAUGGCAAUGGACACAAUGGAGCAUUUGAACGAAGCGAUCGCACAAUGUGAGAAGCGUCGUAGUGCCUCAAAAACCAGGCAUCUGUCGCGUGACGAUAAUCUGACCUUCCGUCCGCGAACAAGGUCACGUACGUCGUCAAGGAGCAUUAUGGAUACUUCAAUGGAUGAAGAGGAAAUUCACGGAUAUUUUACUUGCGAGCUGCCGUCUUUGAGCCUGACGCUUGUCAAUGACUGCGAUGGAUGUGAUAUGGGGCUUGCGCAGUUACAGGUUGAGCGUUGCUACGUUUUCUUGAAUGUUACUCAUACCACGCGAAUGGGAGUGCUUGGUGACUCAUUUGCUUUCUUCUCGAAGUCAAAUUCAUCUGCGUUACCAGUGACAACUACAAUAUCUGGUGGAGGACGUUUAGUAGUACUUAUGUCAUACUAUAAUCCCGAUACCCGCGACUGGCAUCCCAUGUGCACGGAGUGGGCACUCGACACGUCAAUACAGGGAUCCGUCUCGAGCGAAAGUGAGUUGCACGUCAUUCUGACAGCAUUACAAUCACUGGACCUCACUAUUACGCACGGGUUGUUGGAGGUCAUGGCAUCUGUGGGUGGCGCGUGGAAGCGUCGUGCAGCUCUUAUCACGGCAAAGAAACUUGCUGAAGACAAUAAAGAUGACGAAAAUAAGCGACGUGAAAUGGCCCCGUGUAUAAUUCGCAACGAGACCGGGCUACCGCUGAGAUUUUGGCUCACAAAUGGGUCCUUCAUGACGAAGCCUCAAGUCGUGUCGACAGGGAGUCUGGCUGAUGUUCGUUACGUUCAUGCCCGAGGUCGAGGACGUGGUGUAGUUCGGCGUUAUGCUUCUGGGGACCGAGACGCAGCAAACCUACGCCUCAGCCUUCAAUUAAUGGACUCAAAAAACACAGGUGACGGUGCAGCACGUUUUCAAUCUAUUCAGGGACUUAUUUUUGAGCAGCUAGGAGCGCGCACAUUUCCUUUAGUGGAUACACACGGGCAGAGAACAAGCUUUACACUAAGUUUGUCUGCGCAGCUUAUUGAAGGUCGUAUCCUGCUCAUUGUUUCGUCACCUAUUAAGCUAGCUAACCGAUUAGCGUCUCGCCGUUCUGUUGCACUCCUCGUAAACGAUCCGACAUGGCACUCUCCAGUUGAGAUUGGGAUUUUACGGCCAAAUCAAGACUCGGCCGUACCUGUGCUACUUUCUCUGGCGUUAGAGCUGCGUUUGCGGCCUGUGGACGACGAGGGCAUAUAUUCUUGGAGUGCUCCUAUCCCAGUUCAGACACGAUCUGCGGUAGAGCAAAAGGUGGAGGCAGCAGUCUCUUCUACUUCGGUCUCACGUGAGAAUGGCAAUGACGGUAAUGGUCGUAAUGCAGUGUACUGUGUUUCGAUGUCGAGCGAGAAGGAGAUGCGCGUGGUGUCCAUUGCUGAGCCGCUUGUACUCGUCAAUAAGUUGCCAGUGCCACUGACAUACCGUGUACGGUCGGCACUAAGUUCUGCUUAUGGUUUGGGAACAAGUGAUAGUCCGUCAAAGCCGGAAAGCAUUGCUGUAGGAGCCAAAUCUAGUAUCUGGUGGACCGACAUUGCUCAGCGACCUUUGUUCCAGUUGCUUGUAGACGGCUGCACGUCGCAAUCCAAGUGGUUGGAGCUGGCACCCCGUGGAACAGUUAGUGGAGCUGUAUUAUCUGUUCAACUUUCUCGCGUGGACGAUGGACGUCCCUUUCGACUACUUCUGCGUGUCGUGGGGGGCACCGAUUAUGCAGCUCGACCUGUGCGCGUGGAAAUCUUAGCAGACGUAUGGGUCAUCAAUCGCACAGGUCUAGAGUUGGUUUAUGGGACAACCGCGGAUAGUGAAGCCUACAUACCACCUCACGCGGCACGUGCUCAGGUGGGCAAUGCUCAAAUUAGCGCAUACUCAAGUGACAAUAGCGGAAAGGUGCCUGUGCUUCGUAUUAGAUUGCGUGGGUGCAGUUGGUCCUCUCGAUUUGAAGCAGAUCCAAAACGACUCAGCUGGCAAGACGAAUGUAUCAGGCUUCGCACAGCGGGAAGCAAUACGUCUUCUAGAGGCGUACUCUAUGAGUUGGGCGUAUCAGCAGACUACGCAACCCGGCAUUUUGGCUCGGUCACGACACUUGUGAGCAUAAUACCUCGUUAUCUUAUCUUUAAUCGAUCACCGCACACGCUCUUACUAUUUGAGAGUUCAAAUCGCCAACACCAGCGACUUGAAGACGUCAGUAACGGCAACGUUGCGCACCAUGUAUUGAGUGCGGGGGACAUGUAUGCGCUCUACUGGGUGGAAGGAACUCGAGCUUUGCUGCGUGCAUCCGUGCUACUGGAACCCGAUGCAUGCGGCACAUCGUGUGGUGAAGGCUACGACUGGAGUACAGCCUUUGCUGUUGAUCGCGUGGGUACAUCGGAUUUGUUGGUGCCGCCACGCUCAAGUGGACGUGGCGUUCGCUUAGAGGUAGUAGUAAAGCGAGGUAGCUUGUCUCAAGCGACGUUCGUGGUGAUAGUGACAGCAGACACAAGCGCUGAGUCUCCGAAUCCUAUGUCACCAAGGCGCUUAAGGGCAAGCUCAACGAUGUCUUCGUCUGCAAGGGAAUCGGCAAAAGGCGCAGGAGCGGCUGGUUGGCAAAAUUUCAGUCUUCACGCUCAGUUGGCUGGCGUGAUUGUCACGGUCACUGAUCAGAAAUCUGGUGUAAUAGUUGAGGAGCCUCCAAAUUUGUUUUCCGGUAAUUAUGAGGGUAUCGGUGAACCGGUAGCACGUGCAACGUUCACACUUAUUGGCGUGGAGGCGUCUUGGUCGCCGCAAGCUAUUGUUGCGAAGUUAAACGUUAUGGGACUUAAAGUAGAGGACCUGCUUCCAAAAUCAGAAAAUCGUGUGGUGCUGAGACCACUUUUACAAGGAGACAGUGCUUCCAGUUCAAUAAAGGAAAACACGGACAAACAUUUUCUUGAGCUGACGUAUCUCGAGAGGCCACAUGCGAAGCACACGUGGGUGGAGCGAUUUCACCUGGAACUACAGAAUAUGAAGCUAUCGACAUCGAUGCGCUUCAUCAAUCGGCUCAAUAAGUUAAAGCAAGAAACGAGUGCACAUUUUCGUCACAAGUCGCUGAUUUCUGUUUUUCCGGGUGAAGAGGAUAGUAAUGACGAGGACGACGAGGAAGGCGACUUGCUCGCUUAUUUUUUGCCUCAAAACGAAGAAAGAGAAGAUGGAAGGAGUGCGGCUGGCAUGACAGCUAUGACUGGCCGAAAGCUUUACAUUGGAUCGGGCAUGAUCUCACCUGUUCGUGUCGUCGUAAAUUUCACGCGCAACAAAAGUGACUCGAGGCAGCGAGAAAACGAAGGCUUUUGGCUUUCUAACCUGAAGCUUAAGAUUGAGAACGCGUGUGUGACGUUAGAGGGCUACCGGCUUUCUCAAGCACUGGCUUCAAAAGAGUCGGUGGGCGCAGCGAUUGCGCGCUUUUACGAGCAGUCCAUUAAGUCACAAGCACUGAAUCUGAUCGAGUCGAUUGAGGUGACGUCGCUUGUGACGAGUAUGGUGACAGGUGGUGUCACGUCACUCGUAUCUACGCUUCGUGGCAAGGCUGACCCAGCCGCUGCAGCUGGUGCAAGAGCUCCUGGGCUACUGACGUCAAGCUCUUCUAAUGUUAAUGGUGAUAGCUCGCUGAGUGUUCCUUUCCGCUACGAGCAAAUGUCGAAUGGCAAAAUCAUGCGAAAGCAUUCACUAGCGCUAGAGGAGUGCCGCAGUAGCACGGAGUUGUUACGCCAAGUUCGUCAUCUGGUGUACGACUGGGAUGCCAACCACACAGGUCUGGAGGCACGUGGAUGUGUUGUCCUUGCACUAAUCAAUAGCUCGCGACAUUCAUUAGUGGUUAACACAAAGUUGAACGAUGGAGCAUCGUUGUGUGUUCUUCCACUUGGAAGACGACACCUUGCAAGCGUAUUGGAUGCGCCAACCGCAUCUGGAUCGGCAUUAGGCGGAGAAGGCAGUGCGAUGGCUUGGCGAGCAGACCGUGCCCUCGUUGUAUUUGCAUAUGGUUACACGCCGACGCUACUGACAUCGGGUGACGUGUACUUCACGGUGCAAUCAAAUGCCUGCAAUGUGUACGCAACACGCAAGACAGCUCGACUUCAGGCCAACCGAGGUUACACAGCAACGUUCACGCUCCAAGAGACUCAAAACUGGUGGUCUGUGAACGUGAUCAUUAUUGGUGACGACUUGCAGGUCAACGAUAACCUCACAUCUGCAACUGAUUCGGUCUCACUGUUUGGGGAAGCACGGGCUGCAAAUGGUCAGGAGAUAGACUUUACGGAUAGCAGCAAUGAGUUUGAGGUUGAAUUUAAGGGCGCAUCGCUGGGCCUGAUCGCCAAGCAGAGUGGGACUUCGGUGAUUGUGCGCGAUUGUAUCCCCUCAAGUGCUGCUGCUCUCUCUGGACGUAUUGCUGGGGGUGAUUGCGUUCUUGCAGUAAAUGGCAUGAGCGUCGCGAAUACGGCUCAGUUCAAAUCGCUUGUAAGUAAAACGCCGCGCCCGAUUGUAGUGCGCUUCCGACGCCAGUGCAAUGCAGCCUACGACUUAUUUGGCGAGCACAAGCAACAGAGAGAAGGACCGAGCCUCUUUGGCUAA